AAUUUAUUCGUUAAUGGGAGCUGAACAAAGUGAUACUAAUGAAAUGAAAACAUAAUAAUAAUACUAAAUGUUUUUAUUGUAAUAUUCAAAGGAAAGAGAAUCAGAACACAACUAAUUUGGGUUGGUGAAGUUAUAUAAUCAUAAUUAAGUAAAUUCAGUUGUUAUAAUUAGAAUAAUUCUAUGAUUUGUAUAAAGAAGUUAUAAACAAAAAGUGAUACUGAAUUAACAUAGAUAAAAAACCAUUUGAGAAAGAGGAAAAUUUUUGUUCAUCCUAAUUUAGUGUAAUUAUUAGCUGUUCGUACUUGCAAUGAAUAAUCUAUAUGUUCAGAUUCAAGUUUAGUAAUGGUUGUUUCAGAGUAUUUUGCAGAUACUUUAGAAAGUGAAUUAAAGAAGAGAAGACAACCACUUAAAAGAUUCCCAGAAUCUCAUAUUUGGUUGUUGAUCUAAUAAAUUGUAGAUCCUUUAGCAUUUUUAGAGGAAUAAAAGUAAGUUCAUGGAGAUAUUCAACCAUAGAAUAUCUAUUUGGAUGAGAAUGGAAGUGUAAAGUUAGCAGAAUAUAAUUAUUUUCCUGGUGGUUAACAUGGAUUUCAAAAGAUGUUAUUAAGUAAGGAUCGAGCUUACCUUUCACCAAUUUUAUUAAAUAAUUAUAGAAAUAUGAAUUUUAAAGCUUAACAUAAUGAAUACAAAAGCGAUGUAUUUUCAUUAGGAAUGACUUUGUUGGAGGUAUUAUUAUUGGAAGAAUCUUAUGAUUGCAUGGAUUUUUAAAAUGGAUGCAUAUUUGAAAAUUUGAUUGAUUAAAAAUUAUAAAGAGUAAAAAGAUCAGGAUAUUCAUAAUUAUUAACAAAUUUUGUUAGAGAAUUAUUAUAAAUUGAUGAAAAUUUAAGACCCAGUUGGAAUGAUUUAAAAUAAGUCAUAGAUUAAUUUAGAGAAAAUAUUUGUAACUUGAUUCCAUUUUAUUAAGAAAAGCGUUAAAUUUCACCAAUAAAACUUCUUUACUCAUAAAGUUAUGUACCUUAACAAUAAAUACUGAGUUCUCCUUAAUCUAAGAUAUUAAGUUCUCCUAGAUAACCAUAAUUAUUAUAUUAGACAUAUAAUCAACCAUAAACUUUAUAUUAGACAAAAUAAAUGUAAGCAAUACCAAUGCAAUAAUCAAUAUAUUAUGAAUCAGGUUAAAAGUAAGUACCAAUUAAGAAGACAACAAAAUUAGAGGAUACAGUUUUUAAAUAGGGUUAAUAAAAGGAUAGUAAUUUAGAGAAAACUACAUUAAAACAAUCUGAAACUAAAUGA